AUGGCCCCCGCCGAGAGAUCGUGCACGCUCGGCCGCUUCGCCGCUGACGAGGCGGCCCCGCAGGAGACCCUCCAUGUCGUGCGGCUGCAGCGGCUCCGCCUUCGCCGCGCCGCGGAGGGAUGCCUCGACCCCAUCCCCGAGGAGGACGACUACGCUGGCAGCAGCAGCGGCGGCGGCGGCGAAGACGACGGCGACGUCCCCGCCGGCUCGCCCAGCGCCCACGGCAGCAGCAGCAGCGCCACCGUCGACCUUGCCCAGUGUCGUCGUCAAUAG